CGCUUAAUGUUAAUCAACCGAUAAAGUUGACAAAUUGUUGAAGAAAUCAAUUUUUAUAUUUAAAUUUGGUGAUUAAAGUCGAUCUUGAGUUUGUUGUAGAAUCCAAUUGGAUUAUUAAGUGAGGAUUAAAAGAUCAACAAAGUGUGUGCUUCAAAAUUUUAGACAAACUCCAUUUUAUUGUCAAAUUUUCUGAUAAAAUUGUGAUUCUUUGAAAAAUUUCUCAGAAAACUCUUUUAUUAUGAAAAGUUGAAAUAUCAACAUUUGUGCGCCCAUCAAUUUGUCGGGAUUAUGCCAGCGAUAAAAUACUUUGUGAUACAAUCGGCCAUUUCGUUGUCAUCAAAAUUUCUUUCAAGUUUACUGUGAUAAGUUUAAAUUGAAAAUUACAUUACAAUUGUGAAUUAGAAGUGAAAUGAAUAGUUAGCGACAAGAAAAUAGUCAAAGAAUAAAAAUUUUGAAAAUAGCUUAAAGUGUAAAAGUUAACAUUAAAAUUUCUCCUCCAAUCAGUCUCUCUUUUUAUACUGGGAAUGAAAAAGUUGAUCAUAACAUUGUGCUUAUAUCAAUUGUGUUAUGUAAACCAUGGUCAAGUUCAACCUUCAGCUAAUGAUGCUCAGCCUUUCGCAUCCAUAUUGUACACGGCAGUUGUUAAGGGUAAAGUUGCUUUACCUUGUGAUGUUACAGCGCCAACCUCAGAUGAUUCAGUUGCUCUUGUACUUUGGUAUAAGGAUGACGCUUUAGCACCAAUAUACACAAUAGAUGCAAGAAAAGGAACUAUUGAACAAGCUCGAACUUUAACAUCACCAUCAUUAGAAGGUCGAGCGUAUUUCAAUUUACACAAUCGACCAGCAUUUUUACAAAUUGAUCCCAUUAAAUUGAUGGAUGCUGGUGUCUAUCGUUGUCGAGUUGACUUUAAGAAAGCUCGAACUUUAAACACUGUAAUUAGUCUUAAAGUUAUCGUUCCACCAGAAGAACCAAUAAUAACUGAUGUUCAAGGAAAUGAGUUAAGAGGACUGAUUGGUCCAUAUAAUGAAGGCGAUGAACUUCGUUUGGUUUGUGUAACAGUAGGAGGUAAACCAAGGCCUUCAUUAACAUGGUGGAGAGAUGAUAAUAUCAUUGAUGAUUCUUUUGAUUACAAUGAUAAAGAUGUAACAAGCAAUCAAUUGAUGAUAACAUCUUUAGCUCGUCACAAUUUACUUUCCAUCUUCACAUGUCAAGCCAUAAAUAACAAUAUAACCCUUCCAUCAACAACCUCUAUUACAUUAGAUUUGAACAUGAAACCAACAGAAGUCCAUAUAACUCAAUUAACUUCAGUUCUGGUUGCUGAUCGUGAAGUAUCUUUUGAGUGCAAUACUUUUGGAUCUCGACCAAAGGCAAUUUUAUAUUGGUUUUUUGAUGGUCAAAGAUUCAGUACUCCGCUCAACGGUGAUCAUCAAACCAGUACAACUAUUACUUUAACGCUCAAACAAAUUCACAACAAUGCAAUCCUCAUCUGUACAGCCGAGAAUCCAAAGAUUCCAGGAUCAACUAUAACCGAUAACCUUAAAUUAGAUGUUCACUAUGUACCUCGUCUUUCCCUGAGACUUGGAUCACCAACAAUCUCACUGACUACACUACAAGAAGGAAAUGAUAUCUACUUUGACUGUGAAAUUGAUGCUAAUCCUCAUAUCAAUCGUCCAAUUAUCUGGCGCUUUAAUAGUGAUAUUCUUCAUUCUCAGCAUGGAGUAAUUCAAAGUAACCAAACUCUGGUACUUCAACGUGUUUCUCGUAAACAAAGUGGUACUUAUCAAUGUGAAGCAGGUAACAAUCAAGGUGCUGCACUAAGCAAUACAAUUAACCUUACCAUUAGAUAUGCUCCAUUCUGUCGCAAUGAAAACAUUUUAGUUUAUGGAGUAGCUCUUCAUGAGACAAUUCAUCUUGAAUGUGAUGUCGAUGCAAAUCCAUCUCGAGUUUCCUUCCAAUGGAAACAUCAAUACAAUUCCGAGUUGCUCCAGUUUAACCAAGUUAAUGACACAAGAUCAACUUUAAGCUUUUCACCCCAUGAGCCUAAUGAUUAUGGAAAGAUUGACUGUAUUGCCAAAAAUGAAGUAGGACUUCAACAGAGAGCUUGUACAUUUCAUAUAACCUCAUCAGAUCCACCAAAUUUAUCCUUUCGAUGUCGAAUUGCCAAUCAAAGUGACGAAUCUCUUAUGGUCCAUUGCUUACCUGAUGUUCGAGUCAAUUAUACUCAAGAAGAGGUUAAACAAGGAGAAGACAAUUACAACCCAUCUCGUGGUCUAUUCAUUUAUCCAGCCUCUUUUUUCACUUGCCAAGUUUUCCGCAAAAACGAACCAUAUCCUAUCGCUAAUGUGUCCAAACCGUUAAAUGUGCCCUAUCAAGUGCACUCAUAUGAAAUCAAUUUGAUGCACAAUAAUGAGAUCAAAUUUUUAAUCAAUAACCUUACGCCCGAAACAAGUUAUCGAAUCAAAUGUUUUUCACUUCACUCGCGUGGCUCAAGUCAAGUUAUGUGGUUAUCUGGUGAGACUUCACAGCCUGCUCAAAAGUUGAUUGGCAAUGGACGAUCAAAUUUGUUGACAGUAAACGGCCGCAACAUUUUUACUGGGAAACCCAUGUUGAUGGCUUUACUUUUGGGCAUAAUUGUAGUCACACUGAUACUCGUUUCUCUUGGAAUCAUUGCCAUCAUUAGAGUUCGUCGUACCCAUCGGCAUGUCAUCGGAUUGACGCGCUCUGAUCUCGACAAUUCACAGGUUGGCCCUGCAGGUGGAACCAUGUUUGAUGAGGGUGAAGAGGUUUGCUGUUGUGAUGACGAGUGUUGCGAUGAAAUGCUUUUAACAACCACAACAGUUCAACAACAAGAGCAACGAGCAAAUCAGUUUAAUUCAGUUGAAGCGAGUAAAGGUCCGCCUGAUAUUAUACCUUCCAUUGGCUACUGUACACCGAACAAUAACUUUGACUGUGACAAAAGUAAAGACGAAGACAAGUUUAUUUCAUCCUAUGAUAAAUUUGGAAUGGACAAAUGCAUAACUAUGGAGCCAAUAUCAAUCGUUAGAAAUGCAUCUUCUCAAAGCACACUUGAAAGGAAAAGUAGCACGUUAGAAUAUAAAAAGGAAAUGGCCAAAGGAACUCGAGUUGAUUUGAUUGGUGGAAGUCCAAAGUUCGAGUCUACCGUUUAAGUUUUUCAGUCCAAUCUAGAGAUGCACAUUCUAAGUGAUAAACAAUUAACAAUUUGGUUGAGUCUUUAAAUCCGUGGCAACAGUAAAGACGCUAUCAAAUACUCAUGCCUUUUACUGUUGAUGCAGGUCAACAUGAAAAGUCGCAUUUACUAUCGAUCUGUUUGCAUGAAGCACAUUGAUCAUUAAAUUGAUUGACUGUCGAAACGUGAAAAUGGCGCAUUAAAUAUGAUGGCAUAAACUGCGCUGCCUGUUGACGCUGCCAGGAAAUCAAUUCAAGGAAUACAAAUCGUGCAAAAUCGAACCUUACUCAGUGUUUAUAAACUCGAGAACUGCGCUGAGUAAAGAGAAAGACAAGAAAGAAAUUCUUCUCUUUUCGUUACUUUACCUUUUAGCCUGAUUUACUAUUAUUGUCAUAUGUUGAUACAAUCAUUUCAUUUCGCAUUGCCCACUUAUGAAUUGACCAUUAAUGCGAAUCAUCAUACUUUAAGCAUUUCUGUGAUAACGAAAAUGUACACAUAUUAUGUUAAGUUGGUUUAUUUAAUGUAAAUAUUACAAGCAACAAAAAUCAAUUGAUUGUAAGAAAAGAAAAUUUGUUAAUUGUAAAUGAAAAGACCUUUGAGAUUAAAGCAAAUGUUGAAUAAUAUUGUUUAAAUCCAAUGUAACGCACUUAAAUCAUUUAUGGGUUUAAUGGGUUAAGGUGUCAAUAGGUAAGCUUAAACCAAGCAAAUAUAUUUCCAAUGUAGUACUUUGUAGCAUGUUGCUUUCGCAUCUUUGGCGGAUGCACCUUAAUACUAAAUCUGAUAGCGAUCUAAUUAAAAAUAGGUCCGGAUCGAUUAAGCAUGUAGCAAUGGUGAGCUUGUUCCGAAUGACAAAAGUGGGGUAGUUUUGAAUGUGUACGCCAUCUAACGAUAAUGGAAACAACGACGAAACAAACAAAUAUUCAUUUUAUUGCAAAAAUGGAUUUUAACUUAUAAUGAAAGAAGUUUACGGCUUUAGCAUGAAAAUAUUAAAGGAAUAAGGGUAAGGUCCUAGUUAUGGGGACACUGGCGUGGCUUCAAUAGGCAUUUAAAUUUUCCUCCAAUCUGGUUGAAUCUUGGUUUCCUGGUAAGUUGAUGCUGAUAAUUUAAUAAUUAUGAUGUAAAUUUAAAACACUGAACACAAUGAACACAAUUGAAAGGUUAAAUUAUUUAAUUUUCACUAUUUUGAAGAUGAAGUGAUGAGAAAGAUGAGAAGAAUGAAAAUCACUGUAGAAUCCUGGUAAACCUGGUAAAGAAAAUGGCACAUUGGCGGGUUAAUUUUUCACUUGAUUUCAAUCAUGGUGG